CGUAGAAGCUUGAAGAUCUGCAGUAAUGUCUGGAAGAGGUAAAGGCGGUAAAGGGCUCGGGAAAGGAGGCGCUAAGCGUCACCGUAAAGUUCUUCGGGAUAACAUCCAGGGCAUCACCAAACCCGCCAUCCGUCGUCUCGCUCGCCGCGGCGGGGUCAAGCGUAUCUCCGGUCUCAUCUACGAGGAGACCCGUGGUGUGCUGAAGGUGUUCCUGGAGAACGUGAUCCGCGAUGCCGUGACCUACACCGAGCACGCCAAGAGAAAGACCGUCACCGCCAUGGACGUCGUGUACGCGCUGAAGCGACAGGGACGCACUCUGUACGGCUUCGGAGGAUAAACCCGUCCGUGUUAGCAGAAAACCACAAAGGCUCUUUUAAGAGCCACCCACGUUUUCAAAAAGAGUUCACUAAUAUCUUGUAAACUAAUGAUUAUACACAUACAUAAUCUGAACCAACUGUUAAAUAUCUAUCGAUUUGAGUUAAUUUUAUUGGUGUAUCAACUUCUUUUAACCCAUGUGAUUUUGUUUUAUAAGGAUUAUGAUUCAUAAUGAUAAACCUAUGAUGUGAUAGAACAGUUUAAAACAGCUGGGGUAAGAUAUAUAACAUUUUAAUGGCUGCAGAAAUGUGUUAAUUCAGUAAACACAUUAUCUCACUGGC